AGUAGAUAGGGCGCCUACUGAGUCUGGAUGAGACGGUCAUAAUAUCUAUACAGGGUUAAUUGAAUCGAAUAUUAACAAUUAUAUAUGGAAAGAAAAAUAAAUGCUAUUCAUCUGCGGGGGGGGGGCGGCGCGGGGAUCCAGAGUAAAUACGAUAUCCAAGAAUAUUGGUCACGCUGCUGUGGGGUUUUCCUCGAGUUUGUAGUUGGUUUUGUUUUGUUGCUGUUAAGUUAGCGUGUGUGUGUGCCUUGCACAAGGGUUUUGAAGUGUACAGAUCGACCCGGUGUAAUGAACCCUGAAUGUCCUCAGAGCGCCAAUGCCCGGGGCUGCUCCCGGUGUCACUGUCAGAAUGUGGAAAAGAACCACAGUCGCUCUGGUUUACUGUCCGAGAUCCAAACUCCCAUCCGGACCGAGCCUUUCAGCAACAUCUACAGCCUCAUCCCAGGCAAAGAACUGGGCAGGGGUAAAUUUGCUGUGGUGAAGAAGUAUGUGAAGAAGAGCACAGGGAAGGCCUAUGCUGCUAAAUGCAUGAGAAAGAGGAGAAAGGGACAAGACUGUCGUCUGGAGAUUAUCCACGAGAUUGCCAUCCUAGAGCUGGCCAAAUCCAACUGCUGGGUCAUUGACCUACAUGAAGUCUAUGAAACGUCCUCAGAAAUGAUCUUGGUGCUGGAAUAUGCAGCUGGUGGUGAAAUACUUAACCAGUGUGUCGCUGACCGAGAUGAGGCCUUCAAGGAGAAAGACGUUAAACGACUAAUGAAGCAAAUCUUGGAAGGUGUAGCAUUCCUACACAAAAAGAAUGUGGUCCACCUUGAUUUGAAGCCUCAGAACAUUCUACUAACCAGUGAGUCACCUUUGGGAGAUAUCAAAAUAGUUGACUUUGGGCUUUCUAGAAUAAUGAGCAGCAAUGAGGAGCUGAGAGAGAUCAUGGGAACAGCCGAGUACGUGGCUCCAGAAAUUCUGAAUUACGAGCCAAUCAGCAUAGCAACAGACAUGUGGAGUAUAGGUGUGCUGGCCUAUGUGAUGCUUACAGGGAUGUCCCCUUUCCUGGGAGAAGACAAACAGGAAACCUUUUUGAAUAUUUCCAAAAUAAAUGUCAGCUACUCUGAAGAGGAAUUUGAAAGAAUAUCCAAACCAGCAAUUGACUUCAUGAAGGCACUUCUAAUUAAAGAACCGGUAGACAGAGCCACUGCUGAGGACUGCCUGCAGCAUCAGUGGUUACAGCAAGAAGAAGCAGAGGCUUCAGAAGCAGCAAGUCCCUGUGAAAGCAGCCCUGAGGAAGCAAGUCCAGUCUCACCCCCUGAGGAGCCAGAGGCACCGACUCAGGUGAAAGAAGAGUUCGUUGUCAUGACGGCAUACACACUUGGACAGUGCAGGCAGUCAGAAAAGGAGAACAUUACCUCUGAUCAAAAGGCCAUCUCUAAACGCUUCAAAUUUGAAGAACCUUUCAGUUCGCUGCAGGACAGUCCGGGAGAGUUUAUUUACUAGGCUAUAUUCAAGCCAAGGACACUUUUUAAAUUUUUUUAACAAGUUUUAUUAGAGACUUUUAAACCAGUCUCUGUAUGUCUGUGCUAGUUUGUUAAAUGGCUAAGACAGAAAAACAUACAGAAGACUGCAAACCUUGCUGUGAUUCUAUUUUGUGAUUGGUUUUUGAGCCAUGCUUUUAAUUAAAUGUUAUGGUCCAGUAAUAAUGUCACACUGUGGCUUCUUACUAUAAUUUAAAUAUUCAAAGAAAACAUAUAUGUAAGCUAAAAUCAAAAUUACAAACUCUUUUUGUGUUUUGAUAAUUUAAGUUCUAAAAGCCAUUGCAAAAAAAGAAUCCUUUCACUUUUACACGUUUGCCAUAAGAAUAUGCUUGGUAAAGGCAAAAUGUUUUGAAAAGAAACAAGGCACCACUGCACAUAGAUCUAGCCAGGCAUUUUACAACAGCAGAGAUUAAAAAAGAAACAGUGGCACUGUAAAUAAAUAUUAAGUAUAUUCCUUCAGCUUUGUUCUGUACAGUAAUGGAUUUUGUAAGAUUAUCACAAAGUAUACUAUAUUUUGAAUAUUAUAACUGCUGUAUUUGUUACAAAGUUGAUUUUAUAAGUCUGAAUUUGCUGCCUGUAUUGCUCAAAAUGGUCUUCUCCCAAUUAAAUUGCCUCCAAAUUAACUCCUUCUGUGCCUUUUACAGGUAAUUAUUUUGUAUGAAGUUCUGUAUAAUUUUGAUAGCUUGUAACUUAUGAAAGGUAUUUCUGACAUUCUGUUCAUUACAAAAAAAACAAAUAAAUUACAUAAUAAACUCUUAUUUACUGCAAGGUUGCUUGCCGGUUUAAUGCAAAUGUCAUAAUUGAAAAUGAUUUAUGACCAAGAUCUUCAAAAGAAACAUUAGGGAAAGUUCAUUGGAGAAGGAGAUAGACAAUAAAUAAAGGUAAAACGAAAACUAUUUAUCCAAUUAAUGCUCUCUGUUUAAAAGCUAACAUUUCAAAGCUAGUACUACCAGAGAAGUGACAGACAUUGUGUGUUCAUUCAGUUGAACUGUUGCAAUUAUUACUUUACAAAAAAGAGCCACCCCAUCUAUUAAAACAUGCCACAGGUUGCUUCUGUGGUUCUCAUCUAGUAAUCUCUCUCUAGAUCAGUCUUGGCAUAUAAAGCAUAUUUUCGGAUGAUCCCACUUGUUCAGUUCAUUCUUAUUUAUUUUAGAUAUCAUUUAAUUCUGUCAUAAUGAGGGUGAAUGUACCUUCCUCUCAGGUAUAUUUUAUCACUGCCACCACCGUAUGUUGGAGUUGUUUUUCAUCAAAUUAAAUCCAAAUUAGAAUAGUGUUUUGUUUUGUUUUGUUUUUUCUUGUUCAAAGAUGCCUAAAUAAACAUGUAAUAUUUACUCUGAAGACCAGGUUAAAUUAAGAACGAUGUCUGUUAGAGAAAGAACAGACAUCGUUCAUUCCUAGCUACUGCACACAUCAAUUGUGUUUAUCUUGAAUUUGGGAUUCUGCGAAUUGUCAGUAUUGUAAUAGAGAAACCAGAAAGAAAACACAUCGAAAAACAGUACAGACAGUCCUCCUCGAACUUACGAUACAAUUGGUUCUUUAAAGUCGCGUUGCAAGUCGAAGUACGUUUUCCCAUAGGAACAGUGUUAUAAAUCGGGGUUACGUGCCUUACUCUGGCCAGAUAAUUUUUACAAACAUGACCCGUUAAAUUGUACUCACGCAAAUACUGAUUUAACCCUUUACCCUCAGCCCGGUGGUUUUGCGCAUAUUACUCAGACACCUACCUGGCUUGUUUAAAAGUACAGGGCUUUCCAGUGACGUAUUCAGUGUAUGUAUGUGGUACUCCUAGCCAGAACUACGAUCGCCUGAAUCAUGUGACAGAGUUCACAGCUUAGGUUUCAUUCUGAGUCUUUGCACCUUUCCUUCAUUGUUAAGGGCAAAUAAAUGUUAAAAAAAAAAAACUAAAAAAAAACCGCUAGGCUGAGUCAGGGUAAUCAAGACAGGUACUGCGUGCGGUUCAGGCACCGAGCAUGCGCACAUGACGCAUGGCUCAUGUCUCGCCGUGUCGUAAAGUCGAAGCAGGGUAAUAAUUCAAAAGAGUCGUAAGUCGAAGCGUUGUAGGUCAGGGAUCGCCUGUACUAUAGAAUAUAAGCCCUACUAACUAUGAUGUAAUGUACACAUGCACUAGAGGAAAUGCCCUUCUGUUAUGCCAACAUGAUAAAUAAAAAUCCUACUGAACAGGCAGUGCACACAUAUGCAGUAUUGAAAAUGUGUCACUUGCCAAGACAUGGCUUGACCCUUCUUUUUGGUUAGUAAUUUACAUGAUUGGUUUUCUUCAGUAGAAGAAGUUAUUAAAAAAAAAAAACAAUAAGUCCUCAACUCAUUCUAGAUUCCUCUGUUGUACCUUUGUAUUAGCAUACACAUUAAUGAUAAAUGGUUUGUAUGUACAUACUUCUAUAAAUCAAACAUAUCGUAAACAAAUAUUCAUAGCAUUCUCUUUAUAAAGAACAAAAGCUGUAUUUUUACUUUCAACAGAAAUUAGUAAUAUCCCUGAUGUGUUGAAUCUCUAUUGAAUUCAAGGCUGGUGUAUGAUAAUGUUUGAAUGUUGUCCCCUUCUAGUUUUCCUAAAAGGUUUAAGAAAUUGUUAGUACAUUUGCCUUUUUAUGUGUCCAAAAUGUUACUGCAAUUUGAUAUGCUAUAUAUUUAAUAUAAUA